CGUGCGCCGGGGCUUGUGGCGUCAAUGCGUCCGCCGUGUCCAUGGAGAGAGGCUGAGGCUGCUUAGCUCCGGCCCGAGGCACCGGGGCGCCGGGGUGGCGAAGAUGUCGGCUUCCUUAGUCCGGGCCACCGUCCGGGCUGUGAGCAAGAGGAAGCUGCAGCCCACCCGAGCCGCCCUCACCCUAACACCUUCAGCAGUAAACAAGAUAAAGCAGCUUCUUAAAGAUAAGCCUGAGCACGUAGGUGUGAAAGUUGGUGUCCGAACCAGAGGCUGUAAUGGCCUUUCUUACACUCUAGAAUAUACAAAAACAAAAGGAGAUUCUGAUGAAGAAGUUGUUCAAGAUGGAGUCAGAGUGUUCAUUGAAAAGAAAGCACAGCUAACACUUUUAGGAACUGAAAUGGACUAUGUUGAAGACAAAUUAUCCAGUGAGUUUGUGUUCAAUAACCCAAACAUCAAAGGAACUUGUGGCUGUGGGGAAAGCUUUAAUAUCUGAAACUUCAGGACUCCUCUGGCGAUGAGCUCCAGGAACACUCAUGGAUGCCUUGGAGCUUACUGAAGAAAUCAUGUGACUGUCACCUGUUUAAUGUGUGGCUGCCUUGUAAGAAAAUAAAGUGAUGCAUUUUGAAAAUGAA